AUAGUAGUGUUCACGAACUAUGGACAUUUUUAAAUUUAAUUUGAAUAGUCCGCCAAGCAAGUCGAAAUAUAAAACCGCCAGAUGGCGAGCACUCAAAUCAUAAAAGCCAUUAGUUAAAGCACAUGUUUACGUUUUUCUAGGAAUGAUUUCUCAAGGAAAUUGUUGAGAAAAAAUAAUUAAAGUCAGUUCCUAAACGAUACAGGGACAUGAUAAAAUUCGGCGGAGGAGUUGUAGAAGACGGUCAAAGUGUCCAGAGAGCAAAAUAUAUCAUUUCAGCUGUGUCUAAUAACAACACGGACACCAUAACACUUAAUGGUGCUGAACUCAUACCUAUUGAUUGGGAGGGACGGCUGGUAACCCACACGUCCGUUUCUGUGAAUGAGUUAGGAAAGCAAUUAUUAAAAGCUGCAUUAGAUGGAGAUGUUGAUCAAGUUAAGAAUUUGUUGACAAAGGGUGCACCAUUCACUGCUGACUGGCUAGGCACUAGUCCUCUACAUCUAGCCGCACAAAAUAAUCAUUUAGAAAUUACUGAGAUAUUAUUGAGAGCAGGGAUAUCUAAAGAUGCUAGAACGAAAGUGGAUAGAACUCCUUUGCAUAUGGCUGCCUAUGAGGGACAUUUGCAAAUUGUUGACGCCCUCACUAAAAAUGGAGCCGACAUAGACUGCAAAGAUUUGUUGGGUAUGACACCCCUACAUUGGGCAGUACAGAAUGGUCACUUAGAAGUAGCAGCACAUCUAUUGAGAAACGGAGCUCUCAUAAACGAAGUCAACAAAUUUGACUUGACACCUCUUCAUAUAGCUAAACAAAUCAAUAGGCCUGAUAUAGAAAAACUCUUGACAGAAAGUAUAGUUGAUACAUCGGUCGCUACUCAGAAUUUAGUGUUGCAAUUAGCAUCUGAUGAGGGUUCUGAAAAUCAGGUGCAGGAGUUUAGUGAUGAAAUGGAGUUGGAGAAUAAUGAAAAUAGUUCCCCAGUUUUUGGAAGUUAUUCUGUGGAUUCAAAAGUUCUUCAAGAAUUGGAGAACUCUGCAAAUGGGUUGGACGAAAGCAGUCAAAAUGGUUCAGAAAGUCACCAAAUCGAAGAAGAAACUGAUCAGGAAAGAAUUGAAAAAGAAAAUGAACAACUUGUGCAACAUGUCACAGUAGAUCCCAGCACUUUCACAACGGAAUCUCUGAAGAUACUUCAAGAACACGGUAUUACAAUGUUACAAAAUGAUGAAAACGAUGAUUCAAAUAUUUUACACAGUGUUAUGGAGAAUGGACAUUCAGUUGUUUUAACAGACAUUGGGAAAGAAGUCCUGAAUUCUGUUAAACAGUCUGAGCAACAGCAAAAACAGAAACAACAAAAGCAGCAACAACCACCUGUUUUAAAAAUGAACAAGAAAGUUGUGACAAUUACUCCUGAACAGUUUUUGGCGAUGACCAAUAACAAAAACAUCUUCAACCAACUGAAGGUGGUACCUUCACGAGGUCCCAUCAAACGGGUGGUAAUGAGGAAAAAUAAACUAAUCCCUAUAUCAUCUUCUAAGACACCUCUUUCCACUUUUACACCCGUUUCUACUGUCACAAGGAUUUCUGGGGAUGCUGUAAUGAUUGGUCAAGCGGACAAACCCUCGCAGAAUGACAUGGAGUCAGUUAUGAACCAGCUAAUUGAAGCUCAGAAUACGAUAGAGGAAUAUAAGAUCAAGUUAAGAAGGAAAGAACAGGAAGUAGAGAAGUAUAAGAUGCAAAUCAAAUUACUUACGGGAACAAGUUAAUUUUCAAUGCAAAGAGAUCCAAAAUGAAUUGCUGAUGUCUCCAAGUUCAAUAGAAAGAGUGGAAAGUCUGAACUGAAGUGUGAUUACUUUGAAAGUACUUUGAGAGUAAAGGAAUGACAAAAUAUUUUCCAAUUGAAAUAUACUAUAAUGUAGUUGACAAUCUUUCCUGAUAAAUGUUUGAUGAUCCAACUUUCAUUGUCUGUGCAUGGACGAUAUUUGAAAAAUACUGUUAUUGGGGGUCUUCAUUAAUGCAAUAGAGUCCAUGCAUUUGGUUCUAUAAUUUUAUAUUUUAUGUUCUCUAUUCUUAGGUUCCAAAUCUGUUGAUAUUUUCAGAAAGAUAUUUUUGAACUUUCAACAUACAAUAAAAAUAAUAUGUCAAAAUCUGUUUUUAUGAUGUUCAGUCAUAACUUCACAUUACAUGAGAGUUGUUUUGCCGAUGUCAUAUAAUUUUGUUUAGAAGUCGAACUCUCAUACUCUUUUGGUAAAAACGAAUUUAUGAAAAAUUCUGAUAGUUUUGAAAAUCGUAUUAUUCCCCUCAUAUCGCAAACAGUCUUUAGGUCCAUUUCAUUUGAAACUCGGGGACUAAAGAAAUGUUCUUUUCUCUUUGUAAGACUAAGUUGUGGGAAUGUAAAGAAUUUAUAACCUUGCCAACAAACUCAAGAACUGAUUUUAUGAAUUGUCAAUUGAAUAUAAACUUUUUUCAAACUCAAAACAUUAGAUACCAGUUUCAUUGUCUCCAACUGUUCUUUCCGAAAUCUUCAGAAGUAUUGAAAAAUUCUGCACCUAACAAACAAUCUCUAAACCUUACAAACAAUCUCUCAAUUUGAACUGGAUUUUGGUGGCUUUUUAUCACUUGUUCAAAAAGUUCUGGCUUUGGAAGUGACACAUUAUCCUCAGCGUCUAGAAAUGAAAAUUGUCUAAUUAUUAUCAUGGAUAGUGUUAUUCAUUUUCAACAAGUAACUGGUCAGUCAGUCCAUUCAUAUAAAACAUGAGUCAAUUCUAUGAUGAUUUGUAAAAUAUAUAGUUUUUCAACUGGGACAUAGAAUUCAAUAUUGACCAAGAUGUUCAUUAGUCCCUUGUUUAUAACUUCCUGAGCUAUUAAGUAAACAUUAAGUAUGAUUAUUUGCAGUUUCUGUACCAGAAUGAAUCCACUUUCAACUUAAAAAAUUCUUGUGUGAAAAAUAUCUGAUCACAUGAGGGUUGAAACAUCUUCUGUGGAAAAUAUUUGUUCACAUUAGGAGUGGAACUUAGACCUUUCUGUUGAAAGCCAGACAACUACGCCAAUUUAACACUGUGUUAUUAUUAAAUCAUUCAAAACUUUAAUUCUGGCUUUUGGUUCUGGAGAUUGUUGUGAAAAAACAUACAUUCUUGAGAUUACCAAUAAUAAUCCUCUCAUGGCAUAUUAUAUUUUUGUGUGUGAAAAAAGUAAUUGUGUGAUAUCAAGAGAACAAUGGAAACAUUUAUAAUUUAGCUGGCAAUGUUCAACGUCCAGAAAUAUGGGAGACAAUUUUAUACCUCCAUAGAAAAAUUUGCUGGAUAAAAAGUUGUCACCAAAAUGAGAUAUUGGGGCAUUAAAAAAUCAAAAUUUGUUUUUUAUUUUUUCAUUGCCAAUAGUUAGAGUUGAUUAUUGAGUACCUAAAUUUCAAUAUAAUGUAAUAUUCAUAAUAUAAUGCCAUUUUAGUCAAUUUUAGAUUAUGAUAUUCGUUUACUACAGAUUUGAGUUGAAAAAGUUUUGUGAAGGAUUUCGACUACACAUUGAAUAGUAUCGUAAAUGUUUGAUUUUUGUUAUGACUUUUACAGAAGUGAUAUGUACAAAAACGGAGACUCUGUAAAUAUUUUGUAAUAUAUUGAUUGUUGAUUAGUUUUUAGUUCGGAGUAUUAUCAACUUAGACUAUGAACAAUGUAUGAAAGAAGUUAUUUAUUUUUUUAAGUAUUUUUGUACCUUAAUCUGUUUGAAUAAAUUUACUACGAAUAUGUAAUUUUCUAUACAGUGAAAUUUGUAUUGACAUAUUUCUUAAAUAAAUAGAAUUUUAACAAA